UUUUCGAUUGUUGAUGAGUACCGAAUAAACUUGAAUGAAAACAGCUCUGGAAUAUUUUUUUUUAAACGUUUUUAAAUGAAGAAAAAAGGGAGUGUCACUGGUGGUUCACAAAAUCGGGAUAAAAGUGCAUCAACAAUAAGUAAACGUAGUGCUUUGGCAAAUUCUGGAAAAGAAAUAACACCAGUUUCAUACAUACGUGUAAAAUUUUUCCCAUAUUCUGAAGAAACAUCCCAUCAAUCCCCAUCAUCUCCAAAAAUGGAACGUGAAUUAUUUAUAAAUAUAAAUUGUCCAAUACGUUUAUUAAUGGAAUAUCUCCGACUUGAAGCAAAUAUUCCAAUGACGCUUGAAUUUGAUUUAUUUGAUGAAAUGGGAACUUUAAAACGAACAUUUCAGUUAUCGCCAGAAAAAAUGGCCAGCCAAUUACUAGUAUCAAAAGCUAUAUAUUUUAUUGUGGUGUUUCCAAAAAAUGAUCUAGGCGUUUCAUUAAAGCCCCUUAUUUUGAUAAAUCGUGGUUCACGAUUAAAUACAGAUUAUACGGCACGUAUACGUCGUCAAAUACAAGCAUCUGCGAGAAAAUAUAUAAAAUCUUCGAGAGCCUCUGAUUAA